CAUUUUAAAAGACUUUGCUUGGACAGAACUUUCCUUUCCAUUGGCUGCUUCCUUCUCAUUUUGACCACUGCUCAUGCGCAAACUGGAUCCGAAUUGCCUGGGAUAGGCGCUCUGGGAGUCGUGGGAAUUUCCAUGACUGCGUCGACUUCAAUAUUGUCUUCAGCAAUUCGAGAUCUGAGGGCGGAUCUAGAGGCGUGUGAAGACAAACUUGAAGAAUUAGAAGAUUGCGCAACCAAGCUGCGAAAAGCAAGGGAAGAAGAAGAGGAAUGUAGAAAGGGACAAAGUGAAUGCGAGGAGGCGUAUUCUAAGGCAAAGGACGAUCUAAGUAAAGCAAAGGACGACCGCACGGGUUGUGAUUCUGAGUUUGGUGGAAAUUUUAAGGAGUUUCUUAACAAGUUUUGUGAUGCGUAUGUGAAUGAGUGUGCCUGUGCUGUAAAUACUACUCCAGAGGAAUGUGCUGCGGAAACCGGAACUACAUGUGUGUAUGAUGCCGGUCAAGGAUUUUGUAGAUAUAAUCCAUAGAAGCCACUGGACAGUAAAUCUUGCAGCAAGCUACACCUUUUAAUGCUAUUGAACUCA